AACACAGCUGCAGAUUUAUUGGCGUUUAUUACCAAUAAUGCUGAACAGAUUUCUCCUAGAAAUGCUUCCUCUGUGUUGGAAUAUUAUAUAGCUUUGUAUUAUAUUUACUGCACUGCAAACACCUGCGUAAAUAACUCCGUGCACACAGUCGGUUGUAGACUGACAUAAGCCCUAAGAAUCACAAGCAUUUAUCUUUGACACAGAUUUAGUUGACGAGCUAAAUGCUUUGAGUUGACACACAAUUAUCUUGCAGGAAAAGCUGCUUUGAUGUGUGAUAUUUUAGGUUGUACGAAACACCUCAUGAAUGUUAAAAGUGACUUACAACAAAAAACCUGCUCUGCACAAAAGAGAGGAAAGUGUUUUGGAGCAGAAACUUGUCUGGUGAGAAUGUGUCCUCCACUUUCUAUUCUUUCUGUCCUACUUGAGCACAGCACAGGUUUAGGGACUACACUGCUUUUGUGAUCGGACAGAAAACAAUUCUAGUUACAACUCUACAAAGAAGCAGCUACGGGAAAACGUAUAAGUGUGAAGAAAAGCUGACCAGACAUGAAGUCGAGUCUGUCUGUCCUGUUUCUUACAGGGCUGUGUUCUCUUACCUACUGCUUUCCUCUACAGUACCACUUCAUCAGUACCGCCCUGCCCUGGUUGGACGCCAGAAAGUACUGCAGAGGCCGGUAUACUGACCUGGCCACCGUCUACAACAUAGAGGACGUGAAGCGGCUGGUGAACUCCACUGGAGGCUUUACGGAGAUGGCCUGGAUUGGGCUGCAGGAUAACGUCACUGGCUGGAGGUGGUCUGACAGCCGUUACUACGGAAACAAAGAGUUUGACUACAGGAACUGGGAUUAUGUUCAGCCCAACAACCUUCUCGGGAGCGAGAGGUGUGUGAUGAUGUGGAGCACAGGAGCGUGGCACGACUCGCAGUGCUCCAAGAGAAACUCCUACAUUUGCUACGAUGAGUCAACCAGAAGCACGCAGCCUUUCGUUUUUGUUGAACAGCAGGUGGGCUGGCCUGAAGCUCAGCAGUACUGCAGGGAGCGCCACACAGACCUCGCCAGUGUUCGAGGCGAGAAAGAGAACCAGGAAAUACAAUCUUUGGCCAAAGGAAGUAGCGCCUGGAUUGGCCUUAAUAGGAUCCUGGAUUGGUCAGAUCAAAGUGACUCCCCCUUCCGCUACUGGAAGCAAGGACAGCCUGAUGAUGCCAGAGGGAAGCAGCACUGCAUUGCCGCUGAUCUGGGCAAGGAAGGCCUGUGGUCAGACGAAGAGUGCAGCAGGGAGCUCUUUUUUAUCUGCUAUGGCGGCACUCCAGUGACCCCAAACAAAAUAACUACCACUGAGGAAGGCUCAACUGCUACAGAGAUUAACUCCGAGAUUACCCCACCUGAGCAGCCUCCAACCCCAGAGGUGGUUGACCAAACAGGACCCAUGAAUGAAACUCCAAACCAGCGAGUUCUGUCUACCACCGAAAUGCCCACCACUGAGGGAGACUCAAGCAGGACAGAGGUUUCAUCUCAGCAAUACUCAACUCCAGAUGUGGAUCAGACGAGUAGUAUUCCUGCAGAACAUGUGAUUACUCUGCGAGUGAAGUUGAGCUCUAAGACACAACUGAGUGACGACGACAUCAAUGAACUGCUUUACAUGCUACGGAAAGAAUUUCUUCCUGAGAGCACCAAAUUUGCCUGGAAGAGAAUACCGAAAUGAGAAAACCGACUGAUUGAGACGAAGGGGAUUCAGGACCGGUGAAAAGGAGAAGAAGAGGAGAGGCUGAAAUCCUAUAAAGGAUGUAGAACUUUGUCUUUUUCUGCCUCCUGAAAAACAGUUUCCGUUGUCUUCUGUGCUAUUUGCAGCGUUAUUGUGUUUUCUGUACUGGCUGUGUUUUCUAAAUGCUGCAAAUUUUCUGCAA